UUGACUCGUUGCUCCUUCCCCGCUCUGUCAUCUCACUCCUGUCCCUGCUUAGCGGCGAAGCCAGAGAAACGGGAGUAGUAAUAAUAGAUUAAAGAAAAAGAAGAGAGAGAGAGAGAGAGCGCUCUCGCGGUCUCGCCCGCUGUGCGAAUCGAACAGCUCGAAAGCGAUUUGCUGCUGCCUGCUGCUGCGUGCGUUUCGGCUGCUGAUCCCGAACAUUUCCUGGCCUCGCGACGAACAGCUCAGGGCCAGCAGAGUUUUAGAUGAAGACUUGAUUUAUUCUUUCAGAUAAUACAGUGUUUUAAAAUGACUGACCAGGAGCGAGAUGACAUUCCCAUGUUGCUAAGAAAUGUUGAGCUACCAAGAUUUCCUCUAAGAAGUACUUCAAUGUGUAUACCAGUCAGGGAUGAUGAAUAUGAAGAAGACACCUUUGUACCCCAUACUGGUCCUCUAUUCGUUCAGACGCCAACUCAGACGGCACCGGGAAUUUCAUUUACAAGUAGAGACACACCUGAUAGGCUUCCUAGACCUUCACAGGGAAAACAAGUCAGCAAGCCACAUGCAAUCAUGCCUGAAGAAAUUAGAGGAAAUAGGUGGUCUUACAGUGGACAGGUUCCAAAGAAUGAACAUUUGAUGAUGUCUGGACCUUUGGGGCAAUGUGAUAAUCCUGAUUGUGUGAAUUGCCCUCCUGCUUGUAAAAAUAAAAGACAUUUCCAGAGAGGUUCGAAUGCUUUAGACAAUAAGAUUCAUAACAUUCUUUAUGGUCACAGUGGUGGAUGGAAGAAGAAAAUUGAGCAGAUCAUGGCAUACAUUCCGAUUAUGAACCCACAUGCAAAGCCGGUUCAGCAGUGGAAUCAAUUCUUUGUCAUAUCAUGCCUGAUUGCCAUUUUCAUUGAUCCCCUGUUCUUCUUCUUACUAUCAGUACGCCAGGAUGGCAACUGCAUAGUGUUAAAUUGGAACUUUGCUACAGGACUUGCUGUUGUGAGAAGUGUGACUGAUGCUAUUUAUUUCCUGCACAUGCUGCUUCAGUUCAGACUGGCUUAUGUUGCGCCAGAGUCACGAGUGGUGGGAGCUGGAGACUUGGUUGAUGAGCCAAAGAAAGUUGCUAUACAUUAUCUUUGUGGUUACUUUUUCCUUGAUUUCUUUGUGGUGCUCCCACUCCCUCAGGUGAUGAUACUGCUAGUUGUUCCUAAAGUUGGGUUAUCUGCUGCAAACUAUGCUAAGAAUUUAUUGCGUGCCACUGUUCUUCUUCAAUAUGUGCCCCGUAUCAUCAGAUUUGUGCCACUUCUUGAUGGUCAGUCCGCCAAUGGAUUCAUAUUUGAGUCAGCAUGGGCUAAUUUUGUGAUCAAUCUUCUGAUGUUUGUUUUGGCGGGACAUGUGGUUGGUUCAUGUUGGUAUCUCUUUGGCUUACAGAGGGUUAACCAAUGUCUACGAGAUGCUUGUUCUGCAUCAACCAUUCCAUAUUGUGACUCCUUUAUAGACUGUGGACGUGGCAUUGGGAGUGGACUGUACAGACAGCAGUGGUUCAAUGACUUGGGUGCAGAAGCUUGUUUUAACACUGGAAAUAAUGCUACUUUCCAAUAUGGAAUUUAUGAGCAAGCUGUUUUGCUAACUACAGAAGACAGUGCUGUAAAACGAUAUAUAUAUUCAUUAUUUUGGGGGUUUCAGCAAAUAAGUACCUUAGCAGGAAACCUUGUCCCGAGUUACUUUGUAUGGGAAGUUCUGUUCACGAUGGCUAUUAUUGGUCUGGGACUGUUGCUUUUUGCAUUGCUUAUUGGAAACAUGCAAAAUUUUCUCCAAGCUCUUGGAAGACGGAGAUUGGAAAUGCAACUUAGGCGACGUGAUGUUGAAAAGUGGAUGAGCCAUAGACGAUUGCCUGAAGAUUUGAGAAGGAGGGUUAGACGAGCUGAAAGGUUCACCUGGGCAGCUACUCAAGGAGUGAAUGAAGAGGAGCUUUUGAGUAAUUUACCUGAAGAUAUCCAAAGGGAUAUACGUCGCCACUUCUUUAGAUUCCUUAAUAAGGUCCGAUUAUUCACCUUGAUGGAUUGGCCUAUCUUGGAUGCAAUAUGUGACAAAUUAAGACAAAACUUAUAUAUUAGUGGAAGUGACAUUCUUUAUCAAGGUGGCACUGUUGAAAAGAUGGUCUUCAUAGUGAGAGGGAAGCUUGAAAGCAUCAGUGCAGAUGGUAGCAAGGCUCCAUUACAUGAUGGAGAUGUAUGUGGAGAGGAGCUCCUCACCUGGUACUUGGAACACUCUUCAGCGAAUAGAGAUGGUGGGAAAAUUAAAUUCCAAGGUAUGCGGUUGGUUGCUAUACGCACAGUAAGAUGUUUAACAAACGUUGAAGCUUUCGUACUCAGAGCAAGUGAUCUGGAAGAAGUCACCUCACAGUUUGCUCGAUUCUUGCGUAAUCCACGAGUGCAGGGAGCGAUCAGAUAUGAAUCCCCCUACUGGCGAACCAUUGCUGCAACUCGUAUUCAAGUUGCAUGGAGGUAUCGAAAAAGGCGGCUGAAGCGAGCUGAGAAGUCGAGGUUGAGCGAAGAAACCUAUACCUCACAUGGGAUCUUGACACCUGAUUCUUUUCAGCGUGGACAGAGGGGAUGAUCUCUACCUGACUAGGCACUAACUUAUCAGUUUCAGUUCUGCAUCUAAAGCUUCUAGAGCUCUGAAAUUCUCCGGACAUGUCUACUUAGUGGAACCUAGUGCAUGGGGCAAAUAUUUUUGGCUUUGGUGUUCAGAGUACAUGAUAAGAGAAUAGUUUUUUUUUUCAUGCAUGGUUGCCCCUGUUAGAGCUAUUACACGCACAUAUAUGUUGCAUUCGGAUCACUAGGAGAUCAGUUAUUUGCCUGCCAACCAGGAUGCUCAUCAGCUGUAAAUAAAUAUUCAUUAUAAAAGAAAAUUAUUUGGCAUGAAACAGCUCC